AGUUUGGAAAAUCAGUCGUCUGCGGUUUAUUUUUCUCCAGGUUUGAGUUUAUCGCGGAACUGAGUGGGGAAUAAUUAUUUUGGCAGAUUGUAGUGGCUCUUCUGGUGCAGAUUAUCGUGCUCGAUUGAAAGAGGUAGCGGUGUCAGGAUGGCAGCGCUCGCCGACAAGGAAUGCGCCGUGGAGAAGUUGAGCGGGCUGGCGAUGCAGCUGGGCGACUUCCAAGGCGCGAGCUGCUCGAUCGCGCAGCCCGUGGAGAUCGGCGCCUUCACGCUGACGGGGCCGUGGCCGGCGACGGACCCCUACCAGCGCCAGUUCCACGACGACCGCAGCGGCCUGCCGACGCUGCAGCGGCGCGGAGCGGGGCAGGCAGUGGUGAAGGGCCUGUCGCUGCCGCUGGACAAGGGCUUCCGCUCCUUCGUCAGUCGCCAGGAACCCCGCGAUCCCGCGCAGCGCGACCACCUCAACCACCUCCUGCAAUGGAUCAUCAAGCACCCCGCCGACUUCCUGCAGUACAAGGCGCAGACGGACGUGGUCUGCUGGCGCGGCCACCUCCACACCGUCAUGUCCACGCCCUACGAAUCCGCCAAAUUCUGCACUGGCUGGAUCAUCUGCGCGUGCCGCAUCGACGGCGUCAUCUAUCUCUCGCACUUCGACACGGCCAGCAAGGCCGCCGACAAGGAGAUAGUCGACGAGAAGCAGGCGCACUUCAUCUACUGGGGCUACAAGUUCGAGCAGUACAUGACGCACCCGGCGGACGACAAGGCGGCCUUCGAGGAGCCCGUCAACAACUUCCACGGCUUCCACGCGGUGCUCAAGGGGCAGGUGGGCGCCACGGGGCUCCUCUUUGGCGCCGAGAUGGACUGCCUGGAUCCCUUGAAGAAAGACGCGCCCCCGCCGCGCUGCUACGUCGAGCUGAAGACGGCGCGCCGGCCCGACACGCAGCGCCAGUGGCAGUCCCACUAUAACCACAAGAUGUGCAAGAUCUGGGCGCAGAGCUUCGUCUCCGGCGUGCCCACCGUCCUCAUCGGCUACCGCGACGACGCCGGCAACUGCGUCUCCACCGAGGAGAUGCCCGUCGCGAGAAUCUCCAAACUGGCCAAGGAGUACGGGAAUAGUUGGUCGGGUGGGAUCUGUCUCAACUUCCUCGACGGCUUCUUGCGGUUGGUCAAGCGCAGCGUCACGGAGGACUACCGCCACGCGGUGUACAAGUUCGAGUGGAACCCGGGCUGGGACCGCGUAACGGCCGAGAAGUGGCCGGCGCACUCGCAGUGGCAGUUCAUUCCCGACUGGUACCUCGAGAAGCGGCCGCGCUGAUUGUGAAGCCACUGCACUACAUUCUCACGUAUGUCCUUGUUCUCUGUUGUCUACCAAUCUCUUUCUGUGCCUCUGGACGAGAGUCUGUUUUUAACCCGGAUUUGUAGUAUUUUGCAUGUGAUGUUUAGUGUGAAAGCAGCGAACAUUUUUCCAUUUUUUAUCGCAGAUUUUAAUUUUACCGUUUUAUCCAAGGCUGUGACCUUUGUUUUGUAAGGCAGAAUACAGAAUUAUUUGGUACAAUCAUGUCACUAAGUGAAAAGGUACAAAUUUCGAAAUUGGCAUAUAAAACAUUUGGAAGACCGUUAA